AUGGGUGGCGCGGGGUAUAACAAGAGCGGGAGGGGUGCGCGAAUUGAACAGAUCAGUCGUGACGUAAGGGUUUAUGUGGUUGGGGGUGGGAGCGAGGAGAUCCUGAGCGAUUUGGCGGUUAGGGAGGAGAUAAAGAAUCUGCAUGAUACGCAGCGUGCAGCGCAGAAGGAAGGAGCAAAAAUUUGA